AUGUCUAUCGACGCGAAAGAAUCAGUCCGAGAGGGCACAGAUGAAUCUUUGGAUACCUCUACACCAGAGGCCGAAACAGAGAUCCCCCCCGAAAACGUUGGUCAACAAAAAAGAAAGGGUGGUCGAAAGCCUAUUUAUGCCACUUCAGAAGAACGUAAACAACGCAAUCGUCAGGCGCAAGCAGCCUUUAGAGAGCGCCGUACAGAGUAUAUCAAGCAACUUGAAGAAACAAUUCGAAUUCAUGAGACAAAUCUCCAUAACCUCCAAAAUGCACACAGAAGUGCCGCGGAUGAGUGUCUCAUGCUUCGAUAUAAAAACUCCCUCCUCGAAAGAAUUCUUCUAGAGAAAGGCAUUGAUGUCCAAGCCGAAUUACGUGCGAAGACAGGAAGUCCUCACCUUGGUCCAACGCACAUGCAACAAAACAUGGCCCAUCCACCUACUUUUCAUCGAGCCGCCGCCAUGAAUAGACAUCACCAGGCUAGACGAUCAAACUCAAACAUUGCACCAAAGCUAGAGCCCGGAGUCUCUUUCCACAAUCCAUCGUCACAAUCGAGACCUACACCAUCAUCACAUGCCUCGUCACCGACCACAAACUCGCCAGGCUUCAAUAAUCAGGGCGUACUAACCCCACCUUCUUCUGACUCUCAGGUGCAGCAUCAACAGCAGCAGCAACAGCGUCUUCACGCCGCCAAAACACAAGCACAGCAUGCAUUGUCAGGUACCACAGGACUUCUUGUUAACACUAGUGUGGGAUCGCCAUUAGGGGCAAAGGUGCAAGGAAAUGGAAAUGGUACGGGUAAUACGGGAAGCGCUCCUGUAGCUGCUGCGUAUUAUCCGUCGUUCCAGAAUCAUAUUGAGCAACUCGGCAAGCUGACCCAACAGGAGUACGAUGCGCAAACCGAUAUGGUUGAUGAUCAACCCGAAAUCGCAGGCCCCGGCCCAUACCCCGAAUCGAUUCCCGCUGGUCAACUUAACCAGCAACAGAGAAACCAACAGCAGCAACUUGGUCACCCUCCACACUCGCAAGGUAUGCACGGCGAUAACACACCUCAAGCCUACAGUUCUAUGGCUCAGCUUCUCGAUCCAUUCGACGCGAUGCUCGAUAUGGAUCCUUUCGGCCUCACAGCAAGCAUGAAUUUUCCAACACAAUUCACUUUUGAUACGAGCUCAAUGCGAUGA